ACCGGUGGCCUCGGCCGCCCGGCCGUCCCCGGCCACGACAUCAUCACCCAGCCCCAACCCAAUGCUGCUGCCGCAUCCCAGUCCCUUCGCGCAGCUCCGCGCCAGCUCCUCCUCUCCGGCCGCGCGCCUCCGCUUCCGCCUUCCGUUCCUGUACUCUCCUUUCCCAUCGCCGCUCCUCUCCUCGCCAUGUGCCCGACCCCGAUGGCCGCCGCCGAUUCGCGCCGACGCGUCCGGCGAGCCGGUGCUCGGCGGUCGCCGCGGCGUCUUCGGCCCCGACUCGCUUCUCUCGGCUGCGGAGCUGCUCUGCCUCGCGCCGCCGGCCAUCUGCUCGGUGGUCUGCGCCGCGCGCCUCGUCUUCCUGCCGGCUAGCGCCAGCGCCGGGUCGCCGCCGCUGCUGGUCCUGCAGUACGUGCUCUUGGUGGGUGCGGUGGCCAUCGGGAGCCUGAUACGGCGGAGGCAGUCGGGGCGACUCCGCCCGGGAUUGACGGGGAGGGUGGAGAAAGUGGAGGAGGCUGUCAGGGGCAUGGUGGCGGCCGUUGCUGUGCUCUCAAGGACCGUAGAGAAGCUUGGCCUCAGGUUUAGGGUGUUGCGGAGGACUCUGAGGGACCCUAUCACUGAGACAGCGGCUUUAGCGCAGAAGAACUCUGAAGCCACUCGUAUGCUAUCUGCACAAGAAGACCUCCUUGAAAAGGAAAUUGGUGCAAUUCAAAAGGUUCUUUAUGCCAUGCAGGAACAACAGCAAAAGCAACUUGACCUAAUCCUUGCGAUUGGUGAAGCAAGCAGGAUACUGGAUGGCAAACAAGACUUGUUAGACGGAGACAGUGCUAGAUCUUCCAGCGCAAGUCCAGUUCCAGAACUGGAGAACAAACAAGUAGAAGCAGAAUCUGAAGCAGUUACAGGAGGAAACAACAACUCCUGAUUUUAUCUUCUGAAAUGGAAACAGGACGCAUCCAGAAUAGACCAGCGGUUUGGUUUCUGUCCGCGAAGAUUGAGGAGCAUGAAUGAAUGGUUAUAAAGCGUCACAGCUGGUUGUACAGGGCUUUACACUAACUACAUUGUGGGCAAAUACAAUCCAGGAGGAUUGUACAGGGCAAGCUGGUGUAUAUUCACAAGACCCUGUGACAUUUUCUUAUUUCUGUUUGGUCACCGAUAGCUUUUCCACGGCUUUGUACUAACCACAUACAUCAAGUCAUUGAUUGAUGACAUGCAAAUGUUGAUUGAUACGGACACCACCGAUGAUGGACUAAUCUCGUUCAAUGUUCCUGUGUA